CUGAUUGGUUUAAAACGAAAUUCCUCCCUUGUUACUGAUCUAGGUGACCUAUAUAACAUGAGAUUUGCCUUUUGAUUUGUUUUUUAAGAUGAUGUCAAAGUAAUCGUUCUAGUUUACUUGCAGAUCUCAGUCAUAUGACAUAUAAACAAAUCUUACCAGACGUCAACUUUGGCACAUUUCUUGAUUUGUAAUGCAAUCAACUCCGCUUUAUCUCAUUUAAAUCUACACAUAUACCCACAUUUCGUAACCUUGCUUCACGAAAACAACUGCAGUUAGCCAUCUUUUUCCCAUCUCAUUAACUCUUGUGAUAAACAUGAAACAAGCCGACGUAGAGUUAAUCCAAUUUCGAUUAAUAUUUAAUUUUGCCCAUGCUGCAAAGUUAACCAAAUAAUAUAUUGAGAUUUUUUAUUCAUCUUUAAAAAGUACCACGCUGGGUAUUUGAAACGACUGACUUAAUAUCAGAAAGUCUGGAACUCUUAAGUAAAAAAAAUAAAAAGCUGUGUUACUCCAGUGGCAGUGCAUUAAUUGGCAAUGCUGUACAUACAUGAGACAAAUUUCUUACCCUAUAAUGGCUAUAUGCAUACUGACUAUAUUGUACUUUCAAAUAUUCCGGGAUCUUUUACAAUAUGUAGGUGGAUAAUUAUAUUCAUUUUGCAUUUGAAUGAACACGAAUAUAAUUUAUCUGAAAUUAAGAUAUCCCUGAAACAAACGACCUCUUAAAAAAAGAAAGUCUGAAAAUAAAAAAAAAGGUAAUACAUUAAAAUUAACAGGCAUGCAGAAUACAGUAUAUAAAGCGAAUUAUUGUUAAACUAUAUAAAUACGGUUUUUGACUCAGUGCAAUGAGUUCAGCUAGUAUGUCUCUUGCAUAAAUAUAAUGCGAUUGUGCGUAUAAAUGUCACUAAUGAUUUGAUGAAAACCAAAAAUACCGUAGCAGGUUUUAUCUGGAGAUCAAUCAUCUGCCCUAAAUCAUCUUCAUCUGUUUUGCUGAAGAACAUUCUUUCUAAUAUUUUUCUCUAAUAUUUAAUAACGUGUUAAAGAAUGAAAGUUUUUAGCAAUACGUCUCCCUGGUCUUGCCAAAUACUCAUUCAUAUAUAGUGAGUACAGCAUAUAUACAACAGCAUUGAGUUAACACUUAAACCAUGCAGUGUGUCAGUUUUUAGCAGCUAUUCACGAAAGCUGAACAUCCUGAAUAAUUUUUGUUAUCAUGUGAAGGACCCACACAAAAGUUCAUGAAGAACCGCGACUCAACGUCUCAUAUUAAUGGAGUUUAGAUAUAGAUCCAUAUCUGCGGAAAGAUAUUCAAGAUUGAAACAGUCGAUACCAUGUGAGAAUUGUCUCCGGUAAUAUUCUGUGAAAUUUAGAUAUGCAGUCUUAUAUUUAUCAUAUGUAUUAAGGCGUGUACUCUUACAUAUUUUUCACCAUGCGGGAGAUCAUGGGUCAAUUUAAUAUCAUAGAUUGUGAUAAAAGAAAAUUUUCGUGGUUUUCUUUUAGUUUUCACUUGUGUACACCAAUUCUUGCUUCAUUUUUACUCCGCUGAACGCCAGCGACUUACAAACAUGUUACAAACUCAGGGCUUCACAAAUUACGAGAAAACUGCAUGUAUGUGUACAAAAUAAUUAACGCUCAUUCGGAAAAUGAAAUUGUUUUAAUAACUGCAAGUUUUAGCUAUGCUUCAGUCACUCAUGUAUAAGUAAUGAAGCUUUUGUUUGGUUAAAGCCUUUGCGUUAUUCUAUUCCGAGUCAUUUUAUUUACGGUAGAAUGUCGCGCGGCCGACCAUUGGUAUACUCAGCCGACCGACAGCUUAUGAUGCAUGCGUCUUGAAAAUACGGGGUAUAAUGGCAGUACUCAAUUUCCACACUUUCUUUGUUUCGUCAAGUGUGGGUAGAUCAUAAGUUUUGCCAUAAUGAUUAAUAAAUUACUCUCAGAUAUCGUGUUGUGAAGACUCACGCUAUAUUCCUAGUUGUUAACAAGCGUCAUGUUGCUGGGUAAGAUAGGGGAGAUUACACAACGCUGUAUGAGUUAUAGGUACCGAUUGCCCACAAGUAACAAAUAUCAAGAAAUUAGAAAUAUAGUUAGCACUCUUGGAACGCUUAGAAACAGCUGGUUCCAAAGAACAUUUAAAAAGAUAAUAUUUCUUCUAAACAUAAAAAGGCUUGCAAAAUUUGCAUGUCAUCAAGAAUAAUUCUUCUUAACUGAACAUCUGACGUUUAGUUCGCAAUUCAAAUGAAGUUUAAAUUGAUGUUAUUAAUAAUUCACAAUUUUGGGCGGUACAAAAUAUAAUGCACAAAGUGAAGCUUUUUGUAUUUUCAUUGGUUUUCUAUAAGCUAGUCAGGGAAUUGUUUUGGAAAAUAUGACCCAAGUAUAAUAUUAAAAUGCAAAUUUUUGGUCAGCUCCGUGUGGCGUAGCAACAGUUAAAAGCAGAUGUUGGGGUAUUGCUACAAAACUUGGCAGUAAUUACAGUGUAGAAGAAAGUAUUUCAUCCUCUUAUUUCCUAACUAAUCACAAACUAUGGGAAAGAAACAUAGCACCUUAUCAGAUGAACAUCUUGAAAGACUCCGAUCAAAGACACAGUUUUCCGAUGAGGAAAUUCAGAAAUGGCAUGAUAUAUUUAAGAAGGAUUGUCCAAGCGGUAAAAUGUCGCGUAGCAAAUUUGAGGAGUUGUAUUGCAGUUAUUUUCCUGAAGGGGACGCCAAGAAAUUUGCCAGACAUUGUUUUCGAACAUUCGAUAAAAACAACGACGGAACUAUAGAUUUUCGCGAGUUUUUGUGCAGUUUGUCAAUUAUAUCUCGUGGUUCCCAGGAAGAGAAGUUAAAAUGGGCAUUCUCUAUGUAUGACAUAGACAGCAGUGGGACAAUAAACAGAGAAGAAAUGUUGGAAAUUGUACGUGCUGUCUUUAAAGUCGCUGGAAGAACGAAAGUAAAGUUAGCAAGAGAUGAAAGUACUCCUGAACGAAUGGCACAUAAAAUAUUCUCUUUACUUGACGCCAACAAGGACGGAAAUAUAAACGAAGCUGAAUUUAUCGCUGGUGCUAAACAAUAUCCAACGUUUAUGAAACUGCUUGAAAAUCCAAGCUGUAUGUGAUUUAGUCUUGUGAUGAAGUCUUGUUGUAAUAACCCAAUUAAAAGAGGGAUUGCAUAUUUAGCAAGUAGUAUACACUCUCCUACAGUUCUAUUUAAAGCACGAAGUAUAUAUACACAAAUAUGUAUGCUUGCAUGCAUGUCUACAAGCAUGGCGCGAAUAAAGAACUUUAAAUACUUGGCUUUAUAUAGUAUGAUACAUCUGUCCAUGUAAAACGACAUAAUGGCUUAAAUAAUCUAUUAUUUAUUCUCAACAGAUAAACUAUUAUCAGUUGUAGUUUUAGGUAGCUCAUUUUGAUAGAAGCAAUAAUUAAAAGCUAGAUCAUGAUGGGUGACAUCUUGGGCACUUAUCUCAGUCCCGUGCAUAUGUUGUCGGAAUAUAUAGUUUAAUUAUCCGAUCGCGAACAUAGAUCCAUGUACACAGCACGUUUUUACACGCAUUUUAGUUUAUUGCAUGUACAAUAUGCCAUUUAAUGAUAUUUAGUUUACGCACAGUCACAGAAUUCACUGCUAAAAUAUUACUGUGCUUAAAAUAAUCUCACGGAAUAUUGUCAGUAAUGACUUUGCUCGUAUGUGAACACGAUAGGCUUAGAUACAACAAGUGUAGUUAGCUUGGUUAACUUGUCACUUUAUAUUUUCUCAUUGUUCUAGCUACUAAAGAAAACCACAUUAUAAAAUUCAACCUUUUUACAGAACUGCGAAUUCGAUUACAACACGUCAUGAUCUUUACAAUGCAGGUGACGGGUGACCAACAAUUAGUUUUGAGUUCGCGUUUACUUUUAGUUUGGUUUGACAGCAAAAUCAAAUAUUGUAAAUGAUUUAGCAAACACCAGGCUUUUGAACACGGCGUUAAACAGAACGCCAUCGACAUCGGAAAAGUACCGGUAAUUGAACAAUAGGCGAGAAGAGCGAGAAGACAUCAACUAUGAUGUCAUGUCAGCAUCGGAGCUAGGCCCUGGGGACGAAAUAAAAUGGCGGGUUGAAAUAGCACUUUUCGACUGUAAAUUGAGUAUAUUUAUGUAGCAUAUUCCAAAUAUGUUUAUUUGAAAGCCUUAUGGGUCAAAAAUACGUCAAGACACUUCAAAUUGUUCAGGAAAAUGCCGUAACUCUUCGAGAUUUGACUUGUCUGACUUAUGAUGGCUUAAUAAUAUCAUCAACUGACACUAGUUAUUUAUGGAAAGCAUUUGUUCAAGUAACCUGUUGCAAGAUAAAGAAGUCAACAAAUGCUAUUGAGACGGAAAAAUGUUUGGACCUCGCGAGAUUUUGUAGAGUGUAUCGUGCACUGACGAAACGUUA